GUCGGUAGAGAAAGGAUUUGCAAAUUGAGGUGGCAGAAAUGGCUGCUGUGUGAACGCUGAACGGAGGAAACAAAAGCAGCUUGAGCCAUGACUGAAUCUCUGUAUGAGAAGUUUUUGGCCCCAGAGGAGCCCUUCCCCCUCCUCUCCCAAAGGGCCAACCUCAGUGAUGUGGGAACCCUGGAUGUCAGCGACUUCAGCUGUCAGCUCUCAUCUUGUCACAGAACGGAUCCCUUGCACCGUUUCCACAGUAACAGGUGGAACCUCACGUCUUGCGGGACCAGCGUGGCGAGCUCGGAGUGCAGCGAGGAGCUCUUCUCCUCCGUCUCUGUGGGGGACCAGGACGACUGCUACUCCCUCCUGGAUGACCAAGAGCUCACCUCGCUGGACCUGUUCCCAGAGGGGAGCGUCUGCAGUGACGUCUCCUCGUCCAUCAGCACCUACUGGGACUGGUCGGACAGCGAGUUUGAGUGGCAGUUGCCGGGAAGCGACAUCGCCAGCAGCAGCGACGUCCUCUCUGACAUCAUCCCGAGUGUGCCGAGCUCGCCGUGCUUGUUUUCCAAGAGGAAGCCCAAGCCCCACCCCCACCGCAACCUGGACGAGCUGCCCUGGAGCGCCAUGACCAACGACGAGCAGGUGGAGUACAUCGAGUACCUGAGCCGCAAGGUCAGCACGGAGAUGGGCCUGAGGGAGCAGCUGGACAUCAUCAAGAUCAUCGACCCCUGUGCCCAGAUCUCCCCCACCGACAGCGAGUUCAUCAUAGAGCUCAACUGUCUCACAGACGAGAAGCUCAAACAGGUGCGCAGCUACAUCCGAGAGCACAGCCCCAGGCAGCGGGCCAGCAGCACCAGGGAGGGCUGGAAGCGCAGCAGCCACAGCAGCGCCAGCACGGGGGGGGUCAGCGGGGUCAGCAGCAGCAACGCCAGCAUGGUCAGCUCCGCCAGCUCCUCCACCGGCUCCACGGCCUCCAACUCCGUGGCAGGUGGUACAGCAUCGGCGUGCAGUGGAAGCAGCGUGGCCAACAUCAGCCGAGCUCACAGCGACGGAAACCUGUCCAGCGCUGCCGAGCGCAUACGAGACUCUAAAAAACGCUCGAAGCAGCGGAAGCUCCAGCAGAAAGCGCUGCGCAAGCGGCAGCUGAAGGAGCAGCGGCAGGCGCGCAAGGAGCGCCUGAGCGGGCUGUUCCUGAACGAGGAGGUGCUGUCGCUGCGGGUGACGGAGGAGGACGACCACGCCGGCGACCUGGACGUGCUGAUGUGACAGCAGUGAACCAGUCAGUGCCCCCCCUACGCCUGCUCGCGCCCGCCCCCCCCCCCCGAAGCCCGCUCAGCUUAUUAGUCGCUCCCACCAGUCAGUAGUGCUUUUAUUUUCAGUCGCCGCCAUCCUAAUCGCUCUUGAAAAACGCCACCCGUUGCUUUGAGGCACCGCCCUCGGCCCGUUCCGCUUCUAGUCGCAGGCCAGCGCCGGACAACGCCCUGGGAAUUGUCCGUGUAGGUCACCCGGCAAAGCUACACCAGCCCCCGUAGAUGACCAGUAGCCUGCAGAUGCUUUCACCCGCCAAAGCGGCCGCAGCGGGCAGAGGGACAGCUCCGUGCUCGUCCACCCAGGCUCUCUGAGGCGGACUGUCCUUUUCUUACGGCGGGGGCGAGUGAAUGUAAGCCGGUGGCCAUCGAAAGGGAGGCCAGCCCGUCUGUCUUUCUACCCGCCGAUGCGCUGCGGCGCCAUUUCACCGUCAAGGCUUAGAGGGAACACUGAAACUCUGCAUGUUUGGACAGUCGCCCACACUGACCACCCCCCCUCCCUCUCCCCCCCCGUGCAGCCCUGUAACCACCAUCUCCAGUCAGUUAUCUGCGUAUGUCUGGUAAAGCAGCUCCUCCGCGCUGUAAAUAAGUGAUAAAUAACAUAUUUACUGCUUUUGCUUUUCACGUUUUUUUUCUUUUUCUUUUGUGCUAAAGGUUUAAUAGAAAGUUCCUUCCCUUUUCUGUGUUUUGUAAAGCGAACUCUCAUUGGCCACGACGGCUUAAAAAGCGACGAAACGCGUCUAAUCUAUACUUUACUUUUCGGAACUUUAGUUGUUGCUGUUUUUCACUGGGAGCACUCCAACUGGAAUGAUUUGAUCACAGCCACAGAUGUUAAACAUGUAUGUUGUUUUUUUUAGAAGCUCUUACAGACCGCCUGCGAACAUGUGGCCGGUUCGACUGAAGCGCUAAACUUGAGCUGGUUUCUUAAGCUUGUGCAUCUAAUAUUGAGUCCACUUUCUUCUGUAAAGAGGUUUCAAAUGGACAUCAAAAACCGUUGUAGACAUCACAAAACGCCACACAACUGCCUUCUGGGAAAUUGUAGCUACCAUACUGUUUUCAUCUUUCAUAAAUUUAGUUGUGUUUAUUUUUUUUCCCUUUUCCUUCCCUGUUAUUUUGUUAGAAAUGUAUUUUUUUCCAGCUUUGGGGCUGUAAUGAUAAACCACUGCAUAUACUGUCAUUUCUGAGAUUUUAAGUGUACUCUUCUUAUAUAAAGUUAUUGAUUCCAGCAAUUAUGUUAAAAACAGCUUUAUAAAUGUAUUCUCCAUAAACGAAUGAUUAAAAUUCUAUUUUGAAAGUCGAUGUAAUUUUGAAACAAAAAAAAGGAAAGAUUAAAACUAAUAUGAUGCAACAAUGUUUGUGUAAAAGGUACCAAGAACUCCUGAGAAAUGAAUUGGACCAAUUGAAAUGCCCCCAGUGUCAGAGGGGCCGUAUUCUCCCCCCCCAACACCUGAGAGGUGGAAUCGUUAUUUUACCAGCAGCAACACUGUGUUCUGUGUUGUUUCCUCCCCUGUCAGGUCGGGGGGAGUCCGGGUAGAGUCCACUCGGGUGUUCUGAUUUCUUGUGAACUUGAAAAAUAAACUGCUGCAUCCUGAAGCGCUUUUACA